AUGUCUGCUAAGAUAGAAAGGAUAUUUUCAGGCCCUGCUUUGAGAAUCAACGAAGCUUUAGAUCACUUGCCAAAGAUCUACAAUGUCUACUUCAUUGCCAGUAUUUCAACCAUUGCUGGUAUGAUGUUUGGUUUCGAUAUUUCAUCAAUGUCAGCCUUUAUUGGUACACCAUCAUAUAUGCACUACUUUAAUUCACCAAGCUCCACAAUUCAAGGGUUCAUCACAGCUUCAAUGGCCUUGGGUUCAUUCUUUGGAUCGAUCUUCUCCACAUUUGUUUCUGAGCCAUUUGGUAGAAGAUUAUCCCUUUUGACUUGUGCCUUCUUUUGGGUUGUUGGUGCUGCUAUUCAAUCUUCGUCUCAAAACAGAGCACAAUUAAUCAUUGGUCGUAUCAUUUCUGGAUUGGGUGUUGGUUUUGGUUCUUCGGUUGCACCAAUUUAUGGUGCUGAAUUGGCACCAAGAAAGAUUAGAGGUUUGAUUGGAGGAUUUUUCCAAUUUGCUGUUACCUUGGGUAUCUUGAUUAUGUUUUACAUCUCAUAUGGGUUGGGUAAGAUCAAUGGGGUUGCCAGUUUUAGAAUUGCUUGGGGUAUUCAAAUUAUCCCUGGUUUGUUGUUGCUUAUGGGAUGUUUCAUUAUCCCUGAAUCACCACGUUGGCUUGCUAAACAAGGUAAAUGGGAACAAGCAGAAUUUAUUGUUUCCAAGAUUCAAGCCCAUGGUAAUAGAGAAGAUCCAGAAGUUUUGAUUGAAAUUUCUGAAAUCAAGGACCAAUUGUUGAUUGAAGAGGCGGCUAAAUCCGUUGGAUAUGCUACUUUGUUCAGAAAGAAGUACAUUAUGAGAACAUUUACUGCUGUAUUUGCCCAAAUCUGGCAACAAUUGACUGGUAUGAAUGUCAUGAUGUACUACAUUGUCUAUAUUUUCGAAAUGGCUGGUAAAUCAGGAAAUGCCAACUUGGUUGCAUCAUCUAUUCAAUACGUGUUGAACACCGUUUGUACUGUUCCUGCAUUAUACUUUUUAGAUAAAGUUGGUAGAAGACCAUUGUUGAUUGGUGGUGCAUUGAUGAUGGCUGCUUGGCAGUUUGGUUUAGCUGGUAUUUUGGGUAGCUAUUCGGAACCAUGGGCCGACUCACCAAGUGAGAGUGUCACCAUCAAGAUUCCAAAAUCAAAGUUAUCUGCUUCUAAUGGUGCCAUUGCUUGUUCGUACUUGUUUGUUUGUUCAUUUGCUUCUACUUGGGGUGUUGGUAUCUGGGUGUAUUGUUCCGAAAUUUGGGGUGAUAACAGAAUCUCACAAAGAGGUAAUGCUGUUUCCACUGCUGCCAAUUGGAUUUUGAAUUUCGCAAUUGCGAUGUACACACCAUCAGGUUUUAAGAAUAUCAAUUGGAGAACAUAUAUCAUCUAUGGUGUCUUUUGUAUUGCUAUGGCUAUCCAUGUGUUUUUCGGAUUCCCAGAGACUAGAGGCAAGAGAUUGGAAGAAAUUGGACAAAUGUGGGAAGAGAAAGUACCAGCUUGGAGGUCAGCUUCAUGGCAACCAACUGUACCAUUGGUCUCAGAUGCUGAAUUGGCUAGGAAAUUGAGUGUUGAACAUAAUGAAGAGAAGUUGAUGGAGGAAGAAUCAAACACUGAUGAAGAACAAAAAUAG